AUGGACAUUGACAUGGGCGGCUUUAACCACCCAGUCUGCGUCUGCUGCGGAGAAGGAGACGGCCGCGAGAUGGACGAGGACGGAGCUUGCGAGGAUUGCGCGACGCAGCGGCGGUACUUGUAUGCUACCAAGCGGUUCUUCAUCGUGGCUACCGACGAUUUCAGAGACAACUUGCGCAUACAACAGGGGCUUGGAAGCUGUCUUAGAAAUAUGAUCUCUCUGUCUGAGCCUGUCAACCUAGAACCUCCCAAUGGCUCCGUAUAUCCUAUCCAAGCUAAAGGGGAGUUUGGCGAUAUAGUUUUUAGGAAUGGAUGGAAGGAGUUUGUGAGUGGAAAUCACAUAGAAGAAAAUGACUCCAUUCUCUUUGUGUACCGUGGGAAUUCUAGAUUCAAGGUUCAUGUGUUCGAUUCAUCCGGUCAUGAGAAGUCUUCAUGUUCACCUUGUUCUCAAACUGUUGGUCCACCCCCAUCUCAGAAUACUGACUUGUCCAGUUCUGAUGAUGAUGACAUCAUGAGAGAAAGCGCGAGAGAAUCAGGAUAUGGAGCUCGCAAGCCGCAUAAUCAGGAAUCUAUGAAGCUUGGAGUCAGUUCUAAUCCUUUGUCGAGCAACCUACGGGAGCCUUUCCAACGACCCUACAUUCUAGCCCGCCACACAACUCUACCGAUGCAAGUAAAGAAGAAAGUUGAGGAGAAAGUCCAAGCAAUUGGGUCUGAACUUCCUAUUUUUGUGAAAGAGAUGACCACUACAAAUAUUGAUGGCGGUGGCCACAGCCUAGGUGAACUGAUGUUCGGCAUGGUGUAUGCUUCCGCUUGUCUCCCGGACAAGACACAUCCUCUCGUGCUUCAGCUGGAGGGCAAGAAGGAGCAGUGGCACGGCACGUUGUGCGUUGGGUGUCGCAACCAGAGGCGGGUUUACGAUGGCUGGAAGGAGUUCGUCAGGGACAACCAGCUGAAGCCGGGAGACAUCUGCCUAUUCGAGGUGUCAAGCAGGGACAGCACGAGCCUCACGAUGACGGUCCAUCUUGUCCGCUGAGUCGCAAGUGAAGCCGCCAUAGCUCUUGAUCC